UAUUCAUUUACGUUCUUUUUCUAUCUGUUCCUCUUGUUUUCCGAAUGGUUACCAGUCGGACCUUCUAUUUUAUAUCGUUUUAGGGUCGAACUAAACAAACAAAAACUAAGGGUAUCAAAAGGUAUAAAUUACCUACGUGGGGCAUUUUUAAAAUUCACAAAACUUGAUAACUGUAAAUAACUUCCCCACUCUCACACUCUCCACUAAAACCCAUUUGUAUAUGGACGGUUAAUACGUAUUUAAAUUUUUUUUUUUUUUUUUAAGAAAACUCGUUACCGUUCUCUUAAUAUUUAUAGGUUUACAACAUUCGCUUAACACAGAAACAGAAAGUAAAAAGUAAGAGAACUAUUGAAAGAAAUUAAUGAGAAGAAUGAUUCCAACAACGUUUUCAAGUAAGUUUCAAGGAGCAGUGAGUAUGAAUGCGUUGAGAUGUUACGUUUCUGAGUUUAUCUCAACCUUCUUCUUCGUCCUGGCAGCCGUUGGAUCCGUCAUGGCUUCAAGGAAACUGACGGCGGGUGAUGUUACGGGUCCGUUUAGUGUAUUAAUACCGGCGAUUGCAAAUGCGUUUGCAUUAUCAUCUUCAGUUUACAUCUCUUGGAACGUCUCUGGUGGCCAUGUGAAUCCAGCGGUUACGUUUGGAAUGGCGGUUGCUGGUCGGAUUAGCGUCCCAACCGCUCUGUUCUACUGGGCUUCACAGAUGAUUGCCUCUGUUAUGGCAUGCCUUGUCCUUAAAGUAACCGUCAUUGAACAGCACGUACCGAUCUAUAAGAUUGCCGGGGAAAUGACGGGAUUUGGAGCAUCGGUUCUCGAGGGUGUUUUAGCGUUCGUCCUUGUCUACACCGUGUUCACGGCUAACGACCCCAGACGUGGCUUACCUUUAGCCGUGGGACCGAUAUUCAUAGGGUUUGUUGCGGGCGCCAAUGUUUUAGCCGCUGGUCCAUUCUCUGGAGGAGCCAUGAAUCCAGCAUGUGCCUUUGGGUCGGCUAUGAUUUAUGGAAGCUUCAAGAACCAAGCCGUCUAUUGGGUCGGGCCUUUGCUCGGAGGAGCCACCGCUGCGCUAGUGUAUGACAACAUGGUGGUGGUUACGGCAGCUGAAGAUGACCGUGGUUCAUCCACAGGAGAUGCCACUGGUGUGUGAGAUGGCUUAUGCGUCUAAUCUUUUAUAUAUUUCUACGUUAAAG